AGCGCGGCUACCGGCCGCCGUCCCCGACCGAGACAGUCGCGUUCUGUUCUCCGCAGUGACGGCACGCUACUAUUCGCGUCCGCGCGCUCCACAAACCGCGAUAUAUUUCGAUUACAUCGCGCAAGUAAUGUGCGCGAACGCACACCUUGAUAAUCCGUUUGUCGGCAGCCAGUUGUGACAGUGCAAAUGUCUCCCAGUUUAGAAGGGAUCAUGUUCAACAGAAACGCGAACCUGUCGGCGCGCCGGCCGUUGUUGGCGGAACCGCAAAAGCCUCUAAUGGUCCCACCACGAGCGCCUCCCCGCGACACUGGCCCGCAACGACCCUUGCCUGCACCCAGAAACCUUCCCGUAGAUUAUUCCUACCGACCAGAUUACUGGAAACCAUCGAACGUCGAACUCGAGAGACGACUGCAGGAGACAAGGGCACGCGAGAAAGUUGGAUACUUUCAAGACAAAGUAACACCUCCAGAACUAAGUUUGGAUCGGAGAGAAGCAGAGCUUGUGUUCAGAUUCGACCCGCAAGCGUCCGACGAAUACCUUUCGAGUCAGUACCGUGCACCGGUAGUGCAUUAUGCGAAGGCCCCGACUCCGGCGAACGGGUUCGCUGCCCGUGUGCCCGAGAGAGACGGGCCGUUUGUAUUCGGAGUGCACAGUCCGAGCCAGUUCCCGAUUUCGCGGCGGGAUGACGACGACUACGACUACUCAGAAGUGGCCGAAGAGAACGGCCGCACUGUGAUACGAGACGAUGUGUCUGAAGACUUGAAUUGCUGUGAUAAAGUGAACGAGUGGGCGGUCAGGGACAAGAAGACCAAACGGACUUUGAACCGAAUGUUUCAAAUAAAAGACAGAAGGAAGGUGAAAGGUGGAAAAAAGGAAAAGAUAAAGUGUGUGUUGGUGGGUGACGGAGCUGUGGGGAAGAGCUCCCUCAUAGCGGCGUACGCGCAGGACACGUUCCGGGAGGAUUAUCAGCCUACAGCUUACGACACAUUCAAUGUUGUGGUGGACGUGGACGACAGACCGCUCUGCGUAGAAAUCUGUGAUACUGCUGGACAGGACUCAAUGUCUGAGCUCCGAGAGCUGUGCUACCCUGGCACCGAUGUGCUGAUGCUGUGCUUCUCCGUGGUGCGGCCUGAGACCUUCAGGUCUGUUGCCGAGAGGUGGACUAAGGCUGUGGCCAACGUCAACGCCCCACUCAUACUUGUUGGCACGCAAAGCGAUUUGGCGCAUGAUUCAAGGGUCUUGCAGACUUUAAAGGGUCGUGGCGAGCACGUUGUGUCAGAAGUCGAAGCGAAAGCUUUAGCGACCAAAAUCAACGCAGUCUACAUCGAAACUUCGGCAAAAACAAGGAAACAGUUGAAAGAUGCGUUCGACGCCGCCAUCUUAGCGGGGCUGCCAAUCAGACUCGGGAAAAAACCUUUUUGGAAAAAACUAUUAUGUCUAACCUAGAAACUUUAGAACAAAUAAACUAUUUUAUGAAAGGCUAUUCGGAAAAUUGUUGUGUACAGUUUCUUGGGAAUAAGAAAGUAUAUUUAAAUAAACGGAUGAAUGGACCAGUUAAGAACAUUGUUAUUUUUGUAAUUCUUAAAUGAAAUGAAGAAUGUGUGGAUAAUGAAAUUUAGGAAGCUUUAAAUUAAAAAUGUAGCGAUUCUGCGUUCCUUUGUUGUUAGUAGAUAUUUUAAUUGAAUAGUAGUUGUUGGAAAAUGGCCUGUCAAAUUAUAUUGACGAUUUGUGAAACACAAAACAUGUUAAAAAUCUUGUUAAACCAGGACUGUAGGGACUGCCUGUCUGGUACGGUUCUACUGAAGUGCCUUCUGAUAUUGUUUAGCUUGCUUCAGACCAAUGUACAUUGCUAUUAAGAAAAUAACAGGCAUAAAGAAAAGUGCACCACAUUUUUUUUUUUGCAAAAGAAAAACACAUAUUCCGCUUGUUAAAUUAUGACGUAAAUAGUGUACCAUGAAGUACUUAAGAAUGAAUAAUGUAUGCAGUAAUAAUACUUCUUUGUGUAUUACUGCAAGGCUUCGCAAAUGCCUUGGCCUACAUCAGUGGAUCGAUUGAAGUAUAACUCAGUUGAUAUAGAAAUCAUGCCCCUUUUUUAUAAUGACAACGAUAUUUUUUUUUAAUGAAAUGUGUGUGUGAAUUUUGAAUACUGUGUAGUUAUUUGCAUUACAGACAAUUUUUGCACUGGUAACACCAGCGAUUUUUAAUCAUCAAUGAAAUAUUUUAUGAAAUAAGUAAGGGUUAAAAAUCGUGUAAGGAUAGAACAAAAAAAAAUGGAUACCAAUGUGGUGAUAUUCUAUUAGGAAAACUGUAUCUACACAUAUUAUGUACGAUGUACUAAUGAUAUGUACAGUAGAAAAUAAUUAAUUGUAAUUAUAAGUGUUAUAAAUGUAUAUAUACGGAUAAUUAUUUUAAUGUUGUUUUGAUACUCAACACGAACUGAUAAUAAUAUUUUAUUAUAACGAAAA